UUGCAUAAUGUAAUGACUUAUUGAAUUGCAAAUUGCAUUGCCAUUUGAAUUUUGCUACAUAUAUGCUUCCAUAUGUUACGUAGGCCUACUUUUUUUGGCAAACGUUUCUUGGAAUUGGUACUGAUCGCAGAUUGAAUAACAUGUUGGAAUAAGAGUGUUCACCUUACUGAUUAAGACGUCCUUAUUUUGUGUGUGUGUGUGUGUGUGUGUGUGUGUGUGUGUGUGUGUGUGUGUGUGUGUGUGUGUGUGUGUGUGUGUGUUUAAUAAAAAUGAAUAAUUAUAUUGUCAGUGUUAGACUGAUUUAAUAAAUGCCAGUAGAAACAUAUUGUUGCAAGUUGCCAUUAUUAUACGGUUUAUUAACCUUUCAAUAUUUCAAUAUUCUAUUUUGUAAAGCAACGUUUACAUUAAGUGUUUAACACAUGAGGCACUUCAAUAAAUUAUAAUAAUGUAUAUCAUUAAAGAUACUGUUAUUGUUAAUUGAUGAAUAAUCAACUUGAUGUAACGUUGAUCAUUAUUGACCAUCAUGUUUCAAGAUUUAAUUGGAACAUGAACGAACAUUUAAAAUGGAAAGGGCCAGGUUUCGCCUGUUGUGUUAUUUGUGUGCUCAUGGUGUCACUGUGCACCAAUGAAACCAAUCACUUUCUGACAUCAACCAGCUAAGUGAGUCUGCGACGUGUAAUCAGUACAGCAGAAUGUAGAAUAUUGCAGAGGCCAACGCGUCGUGCCUGCUCGUUGGCUUAUGGAAAUAUACCUUUUAUGUUUUGAAUAUUGUAUGUUUUACGGAAAAGGGACGUUUUACGAUGGGAAUGAACUCUUUCCUGACAAUGUUUUUCAAGGGGUUCAUUGUUCCCUGGUUUGUCAUUUUCUGCGCGUUUCUGCAAUGCACAAAUGGCGACUUGGUUUAUUCUGUUCAGGAGGAGAUUAAACUGGGAUCUGUUAUUGGAAAUAUAGCGAAGGAUCUUGGUCUAGAUGUUGGCAGGCUGUCGACACGCAAAGCUCGAAUUGAAACCGAAGGAAACGACAAAAGAUGCUGCGAUGUUCAUCUACGGAGCGGAGAUUUGGUUGUGGCGGAGAGAAUGGACAGAGAGAAAAUAUGCGCGGCGAAGCCUUUGUGUGUAAUUAAAUUUGAGCUUCUUUUGGAAGCUCCGUUGGAAUUGCAUCGUAUAACACUGCAGAUCCAAGACGUGAACGACAACGGGCCCACAUUUCCAAAGGACAAAAUCAAACUGGAUAUUAGCGAAUCGGCUGUAAAAGGAGCAAGGUAUCGUGUAAAUGCGGCCCACGAUGCAGACAUAGGCCAGAACGCUGUUCAAAGCUAUGUUCUUCAACCAAAUAGCAAUUUUAUCUUGAAUAUUCAAACUACAAGUUCUGGUAUUAAAUAUGGCGAACUGGUUUUGGACAAGGAGUUAGACAGAGAGGAACAGAAGGAAAUGCAAUUAUUGUUGACGGCCCUGGACGGUGGUUCUCCUCAGAGAUCAGGUACUAUAACCAUAGAUGUCACUGUGUUGGAUGCUAAUGAUAACGCCCCAGUGUUUAGUCAGGCCGUGUAUGAGGCCAGUCUGCCUGAAAACUCUCCGUUGAAAACCCACGUGAUCACUGUUAGCGCUGCUGACGCAGACGAGGGCGUUAACGGAGAAGUAUCAUAUGAAUUUAGUCAGAUAUCUGAUGAUUCACGGAAAUUAUUCUCACUUGAUCAGUCAACGGGGGAGAUUACUAUAAUAGGUGACGUUGACUUUGAGGAAGAAAACAAAUAUGAAAUGUUUGUGGAGGCCAAAGAUGGAUAUGGCCUUUCUUCAGAUGCAAAAGUUAUCAUAAGUCUAACCGAUGCUAAUGACAACGCCCCAUUUAUCACUUUAAAGUCGUUAACCAAUCCCGUACCGGAGAAUGUGUCACCUGGUACAGAAGUAGGCAUUAUUAACGUACAAGAUAGGGACUCUGAACAAAACCGACAGGUCUACUGCUUUAUUCAGCAAAAUGUCCCAUUUAAACUUAUUUCUUCCAUCAAAAACUAUUACUCGUUGGUGACCACAGAAAAACUAGAUCGUGAAUUGAUUCCUGAUUAUAACAUCACAGUUACUGCCAGAGACGAGGGCUCUCCACCUCUCUCAUCCAUAAAAACGAUCCAAGUCGCUGUAGCGGACGUCAAUGACAACCCGCCUGUGUUUGAUGAACGGUCAUACAGCACAUAUGUGUCUGAGAACGUCAAAUCUGGUCACAUUUUAUGUUCAGUUUCUGCAAGAGACCCAGACUGGAGACAAAAUGGCACAGUAAUUUAUUCUCUUUUACCAAGUGCAGCUGAUGGUGCUCAGGCGUCAUCUUUUCUAUCUAUUAAUGGAGAAAAUGGGGACAUUCAAUCUUUGCGCUCCUUUGAUUAUGAACAGUUUAGGAGCUUCAAAGUCUAUGUAUUGGCAAGAGACAACGGCUCUCCUCCGCUCAGCAGCAACGUGACUGUGAGUGUCUUCAUAACGGAUGUAAAUGACAACACUCCUCAGAUACUUUACCCCGCCCCAGAGGGAAACUCCUUCAUGACUGAACUGGUACCCAAAGCUGCACAAGGAGGUUCUCUGAUUUCCAAGGUGAUAGCAGUUGAUGGGGACUCUGGACAGAACGCCUGGCUGUCCUAUCAGAUCAUUAAGUCCACUGAUCCGGGACUUUUCAAAAUCGAUCUUCACAGUGGUGAGAUCAGGACCCAGCGAGAUAUUUCUGAUUCUGACAACAUGAAACAGAACAUUGUAGUCGCUGUAAAGGAUAACGGACAGCCCUCCCUCUCUGCUACAUGUUCCAUGUUUUUACUGAUUUCUGAUAACUUGGCUGAAGUACCAGAACUGAAGGACAUGGCUUAUGAAGAUAGCAGUUCUAAAUUAACAUCUUAUCUGAUCAUCGCGCUGGUAUCCGUCUCCACCUUUUUCCUGACUUUCAUUAUCAUCAUUCUGGGAUUGAGGUUUUGUCGGAGGAGAAAGCCCAGACUGUUAUUUGAUGGAGCGGUUGCUAUUCCCAGCUCUUAUCUCCCUCCAAACUACGCAGACGUGGACGGUACUGGAACUUUACGCAGCGCAUAUAAUUAUGAUGCGUAUUUAACCACUGGAUCGAGAACAAGUGACUUUAAAUUUGUCACGUCUUACAAUGACAACACACUGCCUGCAGACCAGACCCUGAGAAAAAAUCCAACAGACUUUGAAGAAGUGUUUGGAGACCUUGAUGUUUCCCCUGAGGUAGGCAUGUUGUACUAUUAUCGAAUUUAUUAUAAACCAUGUAAUUGUUUCAUAUUAAUUCCCAGUUCCUCAAGUUAACCUUUUAUUUAGUUAGUGUGGAAUUUGUUUAUUCAUCGAUAUUAUACAUAAUAUAAUAUAUUUACAACUAUUAACACCUUGCUGGUUUUGAUCCAGAGUGACACUUCAAUGCUUAUUGAUUUUUAAUAGGAGCUGAAAAGACUUCACCCUUUCCAUUAUCCGAUGUUCAACAUACUUUUGGUUUGUAACUACACUCAGUAUUGCAAACAUUAUUCACAGGUUGGAUUGUGAUAAACAGGAGUUCCACUUGCUUCACAACAUAUUAAUGUAACCGUUUUAUUUUGCAUUUUACGGAUACAGUACAUGCUUAAAGUAUAUCCACAAUAUAUAGAUCUGGACAGCGGUAAAGGA